GGAUUAUGAUAAUCUGUAUUGGGAAGGAGCGUUUACUUCUGUCAAGACAUGGAAUAGUUUAUUUUAAGGUCCAAUGAAGCUGAACCAAGGCACUGACUGGAACGAAGGAAGAAUCAACAUAUUCCAAGAAUCCUGAGCCGUUCCACUGGUCCCAGUUUCCCCCGCCACUCAAAAUCCUCAACAACUGUAUUUGUGUAUGCCUCUUUGAAGACAUUGGUCUCUGUUCUGCUGGGGUGCAACCUUUCCAACUUGUACAGUGUUUGAUCAUGACGACAAAGCGUAAUUUAUUUGGAAGGCUGGUGCCAUGCCGCUGUCUAAGGGGAGAGGAAGAAGCUGUCACUGUGUUGGACUAUUCUCACUGCAGUUUGGAGCAGGUUCCCAAAGAGAUUUUCCCUUUUGAUAAGACCUUGGAGGAACUUUAUUUAGAUGCUAACCAGAUUGAAGAGCUUCCAAAGCAACUGUUCAAUUGCCAGUCCCUGCACAAGCUGAGCCUGCCGGAUAAUGAUCUGACUGUUUUGCCAGCAUCCAUUGCAAAUCUCGUCAAUCUCAGGGAAUUGGAUGUCAGCAAGAAUGGAAUUCAAGAAUUUCCAGAAAAUAUCAAAAACUGCAAGGUCCUAUCUGUGGUUGAGGCCAGUGUAAACCCUAUUUCAAAGCUUCCAGAUGGCUUCACACAGUUACUAAACUUGACUCAACUUUACUUAAAUGAUGCCUUUUUGGAUUUUUUGCCAGCAAACUUUGGAAGAUUGACCAAAUUGCAAAUAUUAGAGCUACGAGAAAAUCAGCUGAAAAUGUUGCCAAAAACCAUGAGCAGACUCACCCAGUUGGAGAGAUUAGAUUUGGGAAGUAAUGAAUUCACAGAAGUGCCUGAAGUAUUAGAACAACUGACUGCACUAAAGGAGUUUUGGAUGGAUGGCAAUAGACUUGCAAUUCUCCCGGGGUUUAUUGGCAAAUUAAAGCAGUUGACCUACUUGGAUGUUUCCAAAAACAAUGUGGAAAUGAUUGAUGAUGCCAUAUCAGGUUGUGAGAACCUUCAGGAUUUGCUGCUGUCUAGCAACGUGCUCCAACAGCUCCCUGAAACAAUUGGAUCUCUUAAGAAGCUAACUGCGCUCAAAGUGGAUGAAAACCAACUGCUAAGCUUGCCAGAUUCAGUGGGAGGGCUUUCAUGUUUGGAAGAAUUUGAUUGCAGUUUUAAUGAAAUUGAAGCUCUGCCUCCUACAAUUGGGCAAUUACAAAAUCAAAGAACAUUUGCAGCAGAUCAUAACUUCAUAACAGAGCUUCCUUCAGAGAUUGGUAACUGGAAGAAUGUGACUGUGCUGUUCCUUCAUUCCAACAAAUUGGAGUACUUGCCUGAAGAAAUGGGAGAGAUGCAGAAACUGAAAGUCAUUAAUCUCAGUGACAACCGAUUAAAGAAUCUGCCAUUUAGUUUCACAAAACUGCAAGAGCUAACAGCGAUGUGGCUGUCUGAAAACCAGUCCAAACCACUUAUUCCUCUUCAGAAAGAGGUGGAUCCUGACACACAGAAGCAAGUCCUCACCAAUUACAUGUUCCCUCAGCAACCUAGGACGGAAGAUGGUACGUUUUGCUAAACUUUUGGGCAUCCC